AUGCCGCGAUCAAAUUCAGGAGUUCAUCAUCACCAGCGUCAAAGCUCUGAUAACUUCAUCCUCGAUGCAAAUUAUCAGGGAAGAUGGUUUCAUCCUUCAGCUUUUGCACAUGAAUUUGGAACGCGAUCUUCGAGUUUGAGGAAGAGCGAGGAUGAUAGUGUGUUCAUGAGUGGCUUGCUUGAUUUGCAUUCCUUUGAUACUGAGCUUUUACCUGAGGGACAAUAUUUUGAUGAGUCUGAGCCGAUUUUCCCCGGAAACAAACUCGCACCAAGAUCUCGGGGCUUGACUGAGAGCAAUAUUCUUAGAAGUUUCUCAGCUGAUAAAGAGAGAGCUAACAAUGUUGCUAAGAUCAAAGUUGCAGUUAGGAAGAGACCACUGAAUAAGAAAGAAAAAGCAAAGAAAGAAGAAGAUAUCAUUACAAUAAAUUCAAAUUCUCUCACAGUACACGAAAGAAAACUCAAGGUUGACUUGACAGGAUAUGUUGAGAAACACGGGUUCUUUUUUGAUGCUGUGCUGGAUGAAGAUGUUUCAAAUGUUGAAGUGUAUGCUGAGACUGUAGAGCCCAUAGUUCCAUUGAUAUUCCAACGAACAAAAGCAACUUGCUUUGCUUAUGGCCAAACCGGGAGUGGGAAAACGUAUACUAUGCAACCAUUGCCUCUCAAAGCAUCCCAAGAUAUUUUAAGAUUAAUGCACCACACAUACCGGAGCCAAGGUUUCCAAUUAUACUUUAGUUUUUUUGAAAUAUAUGGGGGGAAACUGUUUGAUCUUCUCAAUGAUAGAAAAAAACUUUGCAUGAGGGAGGAUGGUAAACAGCAGGUUUGCAUUGUUGGCUUGCAGGAGUACAGAGUAUUUGAAGUUGAAACAAUCAAGCAAUUUAUUGAGAAAGGAAAUGCUUCAAGAAGUACUGGUACAACCGGUGCAAAUGAGGAAUCUUCUCGAUCGCAUGCUAUAAUUCAACUUGUUAUCAAGAGAUCAGCUGAUGGGUCUGAAUCAAAGCCCACUCGAGUCGUAGGCAAACUAUCUUUCAUAGAUCUGGCUGGAAGUGAACGGGGUGCAGAUACUACAGAUAAUGAUAAGCAGACUAGAAUUGAAGGGGCUGAAAUUAAUAAAAGCUUACUUGCACUGAAAGAAUGCAUUAGAGCCCUAGACAGUGACCAAGGUCAUAUCCCUUUCAGAGGAAGUAAAUUGACUGAAGUUCUACGAGACUCUUUCGUUGGUGAUUCACGGACUGUAAUGAUAUCUUGCAUUUCUCCAAGCUCAGGUUCAUGUGAGCAUACUCUCAACACAUUAAGAUAUGCUGACAGGGAGAGACUAGGCUCUAUAAUUCCUAGAGCAGUUAUCAUUUUCUGUCAGAUCCUAUCAUUGGUAUCAGUAGCACCGAUCCAGUGCAUGGUACUUACAAGAUUCCAGAUGGAGGCAAGAUUAGAAUUUCUCGAGAAGGCUUAUAGCGAUUUAAUGGCAUCUUCUCGUCCAGAUUUUCAGGAAUUGCAACAUAGCAUGGAAGCCGAGAAAGCGAUUUCCCAGCGGCGCAUUCAUGAAUUGGAAGAGACAGUUCGUGGCCUCACGCUUGCGUCUUCCAACCGGAACGGUUCCACUUCGUCGAAUAACCAAGUUGAGCGAUAUUUCGAGUUGAAAGGCGUUCUGGAAGAAGGAAAAGUGCAGGCUGCCAUGGUUGCCAUGGAAGGAAAGGCGUUCUGA